CGCCUGGUGGCGCGUUGGCGAAGCACAGGGACACGUCAACUCCGAGGACGACUGCUGUGAUUGGCUGUCGUUCAUCACGUGUUCAUUCUGAAGAUGGCGUCUCCAAAUGGAGGUGACGAUUUUGAGGGCUCUUUGAUAAGUUUUGAGAAGUUGGACAGAGCGUCACCAGACCUGUGGCCAGAGCAGUUGCCCGGAGUUGCAGAAUUUGCUGCAUCUUGUAAAAAUCCCAUCAAUAAUUCGCCUCCCAAAUGGAUGGCUGAACUAGAGAGUGAGGACAUUGAAAUGUUGAAAGAGCUGGGUAGUCUGACCACAGCCAACCUGAUGGAGAAGGUCAAAGGACUUCAGAACCUCGCUUACCAGCUGGGCUUAGAGGAGUUAUCCGUAAACGAGACUCCGCAGACUGAGGCACGGCAGAGUGAGGGCAGCGGGGACAGGAUUUACUGCCCCUCCCCCUUCAACAUGUGGACCAUUAAAGAGGAAGCUGGUUAAUGGGAACAGCGCAAUCAAGCAGUGAAAACUCCCCUACUGCAGUGAGGAAGGGGAACUGGACCAAACAUUAUUGCCUCGAAUACACCUAAGCUGUGUUGGGUUCUGCCUUUUCUUGCAAAUUGUGCGCUGGAACAUACUGCUGUAUACUCAUGUUUGUACAUAUGUAUUAACAUGGAUGUGACGGGGGGAUGUAACACUCCUUUAAUCCACCCCCUCCUCAACCAGCACCCCCAAUAAUGGCUGUGUGACGCUGGCCCGGCGUAGUCCCAGAGGGGCUUGACGCGUGCCUCUUCCUCAGGCCACAGCUGUUACUCCACCCCAUGAUGAAUGCCCCUGUCGUGGGCCGCUGAGCGCGGGCAUCAAGCCCUGAGCCUCUGGGGAACGCUGAGACUCUGAUAAGUGCUGUUAUUGGAGGUAAUUGAAAGCUGAGUGUUCCUCUGGGACGCACUGGAGGGCCGGUGCUGUUGCGCAACAAACUGCUGGAGUUGGUGCUCUAUCACACUUGUGGGCUCAAGGCUACUGAAUACCAUUUAACACCUAUCCAUGUAGGACGGGCUGGUAAUUAGGAAAUGUUUGUAAUGUAGACUCUGCUCCUUAACAAAGUGAAACCAAUCACAGAAAAUGACAAACUUUUUACCGACAAGCGAGUGCUUGUAGGGCUGAGUGAGGUUUUUGAGUGAUAAUAUGGUUAUUAUUUCCAGGGACGGUGCUUUCAGGAGAUAUUUACAAAUAGUCCAUGGACCAGCUCCCAUAAUGUCACUUUGCAGAAAUCUACAGAAAAACUUAUGUCAUUGAAAUUUAUGAGAGUUCAAGUGAACUGUGUCUUUGAUAUAUUCACCAUGGGGGUGGGAUAAAAGCUAAACGAGAAUAUAAAAUGAAAUCAAUCACCGCUUUAUAGUGAAAGAUGAAUUAAACCUAAAAUUACAUUUAU